AUGUUUUCCUCGCUCGCGCUCUCUGCGGUGCCCCUGAUCCUGGCUGGUUUGCAGGCCGUGACGGUCGGCGCAGUUCCAACCAUCUCCGCCGUAGGAUCCAAGUUUUUCUACGAAAAUGGCACUCAGUACUACCUGAAAGGCAUUGCUUAUCAGCUAACCCCCAAUGACCCGCUCGUCGAUACCGCCCAAUGCAAGCGGGAUAUCGUUCGCAUGUCCGAGCUGGGCACCAAUGCUAUCCGUGUGUAUCACGUCGAUCCCAAGGCCGAUCACAAGGGCUGCAUGUCAGCUUUCGCGGACGCAGGGAUCUAUCUGUUCGUCGAUCUCGAUACCUUCACCACUCAAAUCGAGCAGACUGAGCCCCACUGGAACCAGACCCAGCUUGACCGCUUCACCGAGGUUCUUGAUGAAUUUCAAAAUUAUGACAACACCGCUGGUGUAUUCGUUGGCAACGAGGUUCUGACCACGGCCGAUGGCUCUGCUGCUGCGCCUUACGUGCUCGCUGCCGCUCGCGACGUCAAAGCCUAUCGUGAUCGCAAGGGCUACCGAGAGAUUCCUGUCGGUUAUUCCGCCGCUGAUAUCGCUGAUCUACGCCCCAUGCUGCAAAACUACCUCGCCUGCCAGUCAAAUGCCUCUGACCGUCUUGACUUUUAUUCGCUGAAUGCGUACGAAUGGUGUGGUGACUCUUCAUACACCGUCUCUGGUUACAAUAUGUUGCAGAAGAAUGCCACCGACUACCCUAUUCCGAUCUUUUUCUCUGAGACAGGGUGCAAUACCCCCACUCCUCGAACUUUUGACGACCAAGCGGCUAUUUUUGGCAAAGACAUGGCUGACACUUGGUCCGGCGCCAUCAUCUACGAGUGGAUUGAGGAAACCAACGACUACGGUCUUAUCAGCUAUGGACCAUCCGCCAAGGCCGCCACCGCCACCAGUGUCGAAGAUGGCUACACACGCAAAGGCACUCCGACACCUGUCUCACCUGAUUUCGGAAAUUUGAAGAAGCAUUGGGCAACAUUGCAUCCCACUGGAGUUGCGCUUUCCGAAUACAAGAAGUCAUCUAGCAGUCCUUCUCUCGAAUGCCCUGCCUCAACCAAAGGAGGCUGGGCGGUUGAUCCUAGCUCGCCGCUUCCCACACUGGGACAAACAUACACAAAGUCGUCAACUACUGGAAAGCAAACCAGUCAGAGCACUUCGACCUCUGGAUCAGCCACCUCCACCGCGUCUGGUAAAGGCAACGCUGCCAAUUCCAAGUCGUUUGUCGCCGGGUCGACCACCGAGCGCAUGUUGAUGGCCUCUUUCGUUCUGUCUGCUGGUCUGGGUGCUCUAGCUUAUUGGCUGUGA